CUUGAGCCGUCACAACCACCCGGCGCGAUCGAUAUCGUAAACAUGGCGGACCAAAAACCAUGGGCUGAUGGGCCAUUCGAGCUCAUCAGCAGCACUCGCGCUGGCUCCAAGAAAGGCGUAAAGACAGCAGGAGCGAACCGCAUGGCCGAGGACAUGACUAUCAUCCACAACCUUAUCAUCCGGAUCCUCAACACAGUCUACCUGCAAUGCGUCAACGUGGAGAAGUCCCCCAACGACAUCCAAGACUUUGUGUCGUAUGCGAUAGAGUGGGCCAAAAUGGUGGAGGAGCACCACCAUACUGAGGAGGAGACCGUCUUCCCCCAGAUCGAACGGCUGGCGGGUGUGCCGGGGUUGAUGCAGGCCAACGUCGCGCAGCACGAAGCUUUCCACGAAGGCUUACAUGCGUAUAUGGGCUACCUGGAAAAGGUGCACAAGAGCGAUGAGGCUUACAGCGGAGAGAGACUCAGAAGCAUCAUCGACUCAUUUAUGCCCACCCUGCGGCAGCAUUUGAGUGACGAAAUCGACACACUGUUGAAGCUGGGGGAUUAUGACCGCGACUGGGAGGCGUGGUUCGAGAAGCUCGUCAAGGAGCUGCUUGCGAAAAGAGGCGACCCCAAUCUCAAGACGACUACAAUUCCACUUCUCCUCACAAACCGAGACACGACGUUUGAGGACGGUAUUUAUGCGUGGUGGCCUCCGCUACCGUGGUUCGUGCCGUUAAUGAUGCGGUGGUUUCUUAUCCCCACACACAAGAACUGGUGGCGGUUUUCUUCGUGCGACGACCGGGGCGCGCCCAAAGAGCUUCCCUUUGCGUGAUUAGGUUGCUCGGUCGAUUGUAGAAGCCGAGCCUCAUCGAACAGACCGGAUUGUAUACCAUCACUGGGUAGUGAGUGUGGUUGAUGGUGUAGUUUAGGUUGCUCGAGCCGGUUCCGCCGGGUUGGGUUUGAGAUUCAGCAAUGAUGAAAUUUUGAUGCCACUUGCUGAGAAGAUCUUCAACAGCGUUGCCUGCUGGUGUGGCUGAGGAAGCUGUA